AUGGGGCUGCGCCCCGCCGCGCUGGCGCUGCUCGCUCUGGCGGCCGCCGCCGCCUCCGCGCUGCCGCUGCCGCUGCCCGACGCCGGCCCGCACCUCAACUACGGCUGGGGAGAGCCCAUCCGGCUGCGGCACCUCUACACCGCCAGCAAGCACGGCCUCUUCAGCUGCUUCCUGCGCAUCGGCGCCGACGGCCGGGUGGACGCGGCCGGCAGCCAGAGCCCGCAGAGUCUGCUGGAGAUCCGCGCCGUGGCCGUGCGCACCGUGGCCAUCAAGGGCGUGCAGAGCUCCCGGUACCUGUGCAUGGACGAGGCGGGGAGGCUGCACGGGCAGCUCAGGUAUUCCACUGAAGACUGUUCCUUUGAGGAGGAGAUUCGCCCAGACGGCUACAACGUGUAUCGAUCCAAAAAACAUGGAAUAUCAGUGUCUUUGAGCAGUGCCAAACAAAGACAGCAGUUCAAGGGGAAGGAUUUCCUUCCCCUGUCUCACUUCUUGCCCAUGAUCAACACGGUGCCCAUGGAGUCAGCAGACUUUGGUGAAUAUGGUGAUUACAGCCAGGCCUUUGAGCCAGAGGCGUUCUCCUCGCCCCUGGAGACGGACAGCAUGGAUCCCUUUGGCAUUGCCUCCAAACUGUCCCCAGUGAAGAGCCCCAGCUUCCAGAACUGACUGUGCUCCCACACAUGUUUUCACAGAAAUAUUGAAGAGGACUGUAGGGUUUGUAGCUUUCUGUGUAGUGAUAUUUGAGAACUUUUUUGUGUGUUUGAGUAUGGAGCCAGCCUCAUCCUUGUUGUACCUGCAAGAGAUGAGUGCCUGUUCUAUAGUCUAAAGAAUUGCCUGUCCAUAGUUUUGUUUGGAAAAGCAGGAUUAAAUGCGAAAACUUUAGUGACCUUAUCAGAAUUUCUCCAUAGGUGGUGAUAAAAUAACUGUAAUUUUUCUACACCAGCUACACUUCCACAUAUAUUUACCUGUUAUAGCUGCUUAUACAAGCAAAUGCAGAAAACGUUUUCCUCUUCAGAGAUCCCAACUCAAACACUUGGACCAAAAUUAGAUGAAGGAAAACGUCCUACCAGAUGUAACUUGAGUUAAUGCUGCUUCUUUAAAGGGCUGCUAACAACAUUCUGGGGAAGAUCUCCUAUGGAAAGCAUACUGCUGAAAAAACAAAUCUGCUUGUACAUUGUGCUUUUUCUUCCCUUAGAAAAUAAGAGAAGAAAGGGAAAAAUUUCUCCCUUUCCUUACUGGUAAGAGGUAAUUUGGGAAACUUGAUCAUUGAUUUCUUUUGUUAAGGCUGAAUUAUGUUCUCUGAUUCUGCAUCAGAAUCACCCAGCAGAGAGUUCUUAUCAAAAUCAGUGAGGAUUCAGUGUGCAGUUGGAAGGGUGCCCAGGGCUAGAAUUGAUGUUCAUCGGGUAGGGAAUGAGCAGCUCAAAUGAAUGUUUAAAUGAAGAUUGUGUUGUAUAUAAGCAUGUAUAUGUCAUUAGCAAAUAGAGAAGAACACUGAGAACGGAUGUAUAGGUCAAAUCAGUUGUAAAAUAGGUUUUUGUGUUCAACCUUUAACCACCAGGAAUUCUUUCAAGUCACUUCCAGGCUUGAUUCAGCAUCCAUGGGAAUCAGUGGAGAGAUGGUUUAGUGAGAUAAAAGCUGCAGAACUGGGUCAGGAUUCUCCUUGCAAGAAGGGAUUGUGAGGACUUCUGGCCAAGGCACUCAAUGUCUUCAAGUUCUGUUCUCCCUCUGAAAAGAUUCAAUGAAGGAAUAGCCAAGGUGAAGCCAAAGGGGGGAAAAAAAGGAUGGUUCAGGGAUUCUACUUGUUUCCAAAGGUUCAUUUACAAGAUAGAUUUCUGUACCAAAAAAAAAGAAAAAAAAAAAAAAAGAAAGAAAAGAAAAAAAAAGCUUUACUGGAAAUACCAGUGUUUUUCUGACCUAGCACUUCAUUGCCAAUGCAAUAUUUAUAAUUAAUUUAUUGAAUACGUACAUCUGUUUAUUUUGUUACUGUUAUUUAUGCUCAAGAUUCUAUUUAUAUACUUCUGAAUAUAGGUUUUUUAGUUGUAACAAAUCUUGUGCAGUUUUGUAAUCAACAGAAUUUUA